AUGCGUCUCUCGCCGUCGUGGUACCAGUUCCUGGUCGGCGUGUUCGCCUCGCUCGGCUCAUUCCUCUAUGGCUAUGAUCUCGGUGUGAUUGCAGAGGUCAUAGUGUGUGAUUCCUUUGUUUCCAAGUUUGCCGCCAACUCUACGCAAAGCGGACUGGUCGUCUCCAUGUUCACCUGUGGCGCCUUCUUCGGCGCCGGCUUCGCGGGUCCCAGUGGGGACUACCUGGGCCGACGAAAGACCAUCUCGCUGGGCUGUCUGAUGUUCUGCUUGGGAGGUGCUCUGCAGACUGGCGCCCAGACUCUUGCCUUUCUGUAUAGUGGCCGAUUCUUUGCUGGCUUUGGGGUUGGCUUCUUGACCAUGGUGAUCCCGCUCUACCAAGCCGAGAUCUGCCACCCCAAGAUCCGGGGCCGCGUCACUGCGCUGCAGCAGUUCAUGCUUGGGGUCGGAGCCCUCUGUGCCUCAUGGAUCUCGUACGGCACGUACAUUGGCUUCUCGUCGGACAAUGAUGCCCAAUGGCAAUUGCCGCUGGGAAUUCAGAUCAUCCCGGCCGUCCUGCUGGGCUUGCUGAUUAUGGUCUUCCCAGAGUCUCCUCGCUGGCUGAUCGACCACAACCGCCCGGAUGAGGGUCUGAAGACGUUGGCGAAGCUGCACGCCCACGGAAACGAGAUGGACUCCUGGGUGCAGGCCGAGUACGCCCAAAUCCAGGAGAGCAUCACCUUCGAGCACGAGCACGAGGCCAAGUCGUAUGUCGAGCUGUUCACGAACCGCUCAUCCUUCCGACGACUGUUCCUCUGCUGUGCCAUCCAAGCCUCCGUGCAGAUGACCGGUGUCUCUGCCAUCCAAUACUACUCCGUCGACAUCUACAAGCAGAUCGGCAUCUCCGGCGAAGCCACCCUCCGCUACCAAGCCAUCAACUCGAUCAUCGCCCUCGUCGCCCAAUUCCUCUGCAUCCUGUUCAUCGAUCGCUUCGGCCGGCGCUGGACCCUGAUCGGCGGCAACCUGGGCAACUGCGUGACCUUCAUCAUCGCCACCAUCUUGCUCGCCAAGUUCCCCCCGACCACCGUCAACUCCGGCGCGCACUGGGGCUUCAUCAUCAUGACCUGGCUGUACAACUUCUCCUUCUCAGCCACCUGCGGCCCGCUGUCGUGGAUCAUCCCGGCCGAGGUAUUCGACACGCGGACGCGUUCGAAGGGCGUGUCCAUCGCGACCGGCGUCUCGUUCGCCUUCAACACGAUGAUCGGCCAGGUCACCCCCAUCGCCAUGGACAACAUCCACUAUCGGUACUACUUCCUGUUUGUGAUCUGCAAUUUCACGAAUGCCGUGUUCUUCUAUUUCCUCCUGCCGGAGACGAAGCAGGUGCCGCUGGAGGAGAUGAAUUAUAUGUUCUCGAAUGCGCCGUGGUUCGUGCCUGGUUCCAAGAAGGAGGAUUAUCUGCCGCAUGAUUUGGAGAGGAAGGUUGAGGAGCAGGAGGUGAAGCAGAAUGCGGUGCAUUAUGAGUAG